AUCCGAGCUGGCUAAGUAUUGCAACUUCAUUCUACCGCAGAACCCACGCGACCGUUCAUUCGACGCCACUAUUCAGUCCCUUAGCCAACUUUUUGGUGAUCAUCACUCACUCUUCAGUACCCGAUAUCGCUGCUUAAAACUGGUCAUGAAUGAAUCUGAUGACUUCCUGACCCACGUCGGCGUUGUUAACCGUGAGUGCGAACGGUUCAAGCUCAGAUCCCUCACUGAAGACCAAUUCAAGUCCCUAGUACUCAUAUGCAGUCUUCAGUCACCCAAAUUCUCCGACAUCAGAACUCGGUUGCUCAACCGCCUUGAACAAGAUCCAACACUGACACUCAAUGCGAUCAUAGACGAAUACCAGCGUAUCAUCAAUCUGCAGCGUGACACCACUUUGGUUCAAUCUGGGGGCCAGGGUGGUUCCGAAGUUCAUGCUGUUCAGCACCAGAAAAAAUCUUCGAGAUCGACAAACUCGAGUCCUUCGAACGCCAGCGCUGUUUCUAUCUCUAAUCACUCUAAACCGGUUCAGAAGAAGCCCCCCUCGCCAUGUUGGCACUGUGGAGCCUGGCAUUAUGUGAAGUUCUGUCCAUUCAAACAGCAUGUGUGCGAUCGCUGUCAGAAAGUUGGUCACAAAAGCGGCUUUUGCAAAUCCAACCGAUUCAAUAACCGUCGAAAUGCACAGACGCAGCGUCGUUUUCACAAAAAGCCGAUUACCUCAUCAAGGAGUUUAGCAGCAGUCUUCCAUACUCAUGCCGCGACUCGACGCAAAUUUCUGACCCUCUCAAUCAAUGGUCAGCCAGUUAGUUUGCAGUUGGACACUGCAUCAGAUAUCACCAUUCUGUCGAAAAAGACUUGGGGAACCUUGGGUCAACCUCCCAUCAAACCAUCCUCUCAAACAGCCGUCAGUGCUUGUGGGGGUCAUCUCCGCCUUCAUGGUAAACUCUGUUGCUGUAUUUCAUUCAGAGGUACAACCUUCAAUGGGACAUGCUACAUCACCAAUUCUCCGCUCAACCUUUUAGGUUUAGAUUGGUUCGAAGAACUUGGUCUCGCUGAUCUUCCUAUUAGCGCUAUCUGCAAUCAAGUCCAAACUACUGCUUCUACACAACAGCAUGCUGAAGACCUUCGAAAACGAUUUAUUGAAUUAUUUAAGCCUGGUCUCGGACUUUGUUCCACAACUGAAGCUGUUUUAAAACUGCAGUCAGAAGCUACGCCAGUUUUUCGCCCAAAGCGUCCAGUCCCAUACGCAUCUUUACCUCUGGUUGACGCUGAACUUCAACGUUUGGAAACUGAAGGUGUCCUAGUACCUGUUUCUUAUUCAUCAUGGGCUGCACCAAUUGUGGUUGUAAAAAAGUCCAAUGGUUCCAUACGCAUCUGUGCAGACUUUUCCACAGGACUCAACGCGGCUCUACAACAGCAUCACUAUCCGCUGCCGAUCCCAGAUGACUUAUUUACUAUUUUAAAUGGUGGUACCUAUUUUGCUAAGCUGGAUCUGGCAGAUGCUUACCUUCAAAUUCCAGUCGCUCUAGAAUCCAGAGAGUUGUUGACAAUCAACACUCACCGAGGACUUUUUCAGUAUACCCGGUUACCCUUCGGUAUCAAAACUGCUCCAGCGAUCUUCCAGCAGAUCAUGGACACUAUUCUGGCAGAUGUUCCUGGUGUUGCUACAUACCUUGACGAUGUGCUCAUUGUCGGCGCAACUGCUGAUGAAUUGCAUACCAGAACCCACUUAGUUCUGCAACGCCUCCAGGAUAAUGGUUUUCGCCUUCGCCCAGAAAAAUGCCAGUUCUUCCUACGUUUCGUUAAAUACCUGGGGUUUAUCUUUGAUGCUUCCGGACGACACCCUGAUCCUCAAAAUACUUACGCAAUCCAACAAAUGCCUGCUCCCACUGAUGUCUCCUCACUCCCAUCAUUUUUGGGAAUGAUUAGCUACUAUUCAGCAUUUCUUCCAUCACUGCAUGACGUACGAUAUCCAUUAAAUCGUCUGCUAGAAAAGAAUGGUACUUGGAAUUGGUCAACGCAAUGUGAGUCAGCCUUUUCAAAACUUAAAGCUAUGCUAAGUUCCAAUCUUCUGCUAACCCACUACAAUCCGAAACUACCCAUUGUGGUUGCUGCUGACGCUUCAACACAUGGAUUGGGUGCCGUAAUCUCACAUGUCUUUCCCGACGGGUCAGAGAAAGCGGUGAUGCACGCUUCGAGAACAUUAACACCUGCUGAGAAACGCUACGGUCAGAUAGAGAAGGAAGCGUUAGCCCUAAUUUUUGCUGUCCGGCGAUUCCACAAAUUCAUUUAUGGGCGCCGUUUCACCUUGCUCACAGACCACAAACCUUUGUUAUCAAUCUUUGGAUCAAAGAAAGGCAUUCCUGCCCAUUCUGCUAAUCGUCUUCAACGUUGGGCGUUGGCGUUAUUGGGGUACGACUUCGACAUCCAGUAUCGACGUUCCGAAGAUUUUGGUCGAGCGGAUGCACUGUCCAGACUUAUCAGUAACCAUUCUACCACUGAUGAGGACACACUCAUAGCCAUAGUAUCAACCGAAGAGGAUUCCGAUGCUACACUAUUGGCGAACGCCGUUCGAGCAAUGCCUGUUACCGCUGAAGAUGUUCGGGAAGCUACCAGAGAAGACCCGAUUAUCCAAGAAGCGAUCACCUAUGUUCAGAGCAGAUGGCCAGUUAAGCAGCUGAGUGGUGAUAUGCAACAAUUAGCGAAUCGUCGCAGCUCUCUCUGUAUUGUUAACGAUUGUCUGAUGUUCGGUGAUCGCGUAGUAAUUCCAACAACUCUACGUUCCAAAGUCCUCCGCCAAUUCCACUCUGGACACCCAGGGAUAAACCGUAUGAAAUCCAUCGCUCGAAGCUAUGCAUAUUGGCCAAAUAUGGACAAGCAGAUUGUCGACUUCGUCAAAAGAUGUUCACAUUGCCAAAAAGCUGCGAAAAAUCCUCCUAAGUUGCCUCCAGUGCCCUGGCCGAAGUCAGAAAAACCCUGGUCGCGAGUGCAUAUUGACUUCACCGGACCCCUAGAUGGUACCACAUAUCUGAUACUGGUUGACUCAUACUCCAAAUGGCCGGAGAUAUUGCCGAUUGCGCCACCCUCUACAACUCGAACCAUCAAACUCCUUAAUCGGAUCUUCGCUCAGCAUGGUCUUCCAGAAACAAUAGUAACAGACAAUGGUUCACAAUUUACAUCUAGCCAAUUCCGAGAAUUUUGCCUGCAGAAUUCGAUCAACCAUGUUCGUUCUCCGCCAUAUCACCCGCAAUCUAAUGGACAAGCUGAAAGGUUCGUUGAUACAUUUAAACGAGCCAUGCUUAAAGCACGAGGGGAGGGGACCACAGAGGAUAUCAUAGAACGAUUCCUAGUUGCGUACCGGACGACCCCGCAUGACUUAUUGCCAAACUCCAAAUCCCCUGCUGAGAUGCUUAUGGGGCGAAAACUACGGACAGUUCAUGGUGCGAUGAAACCCAAGCAAGUGGCCCAGCAAAGCCCCCAGAGGAAGAAUAUUCGAAUUCCCUACGAAGUUGGUACAAAAGUGUAUGCGCGAGAUUAUAGACAUGGAUGUGAUAAAUGGGUAGAGGGUGAAAUCACACAAAAACAUGGGGACGUCAUGUAUGAUGUCAAGGUGAACCAAGAAAUCUGGACCAGGCACCACAAUCAACUCAGGUCAAGGAAAGCGAAGGAGAAAGAAGAAAUUACAAAACGCGUCCCACUCGACUUGCUGUUGGACACAUUUCAACUUCCGCCAAUACCUCCAACAGAGACGACUAAGUCAUCUACUCAAGUAGAACAUCCCUCUGGUUCUGUGUGGUUGCCUCGGAGGUCGGAUCGCAAAAGAAGACACCCAAAGAAACUUCAAGCAAACCCUCGGUUACGUCGCUAUUAACUUUUCCAAAGGGGAGGUGUUGGGAUACUCAGAAAAAAAUCCCAGGAACAAUUAUCCGGUUAAGUCUAACGCUACCCUUGAACGUUAAAUGGUGUCAUUUCCCUAUUGGUCGUUUCCCUACUGAUCAAUAUUUAUUUCGCGUGUCAUUUUCCUAUUGGUCAAUGUUAUUCAACGUGUCAUCUUUCUGUUGGUCAAUAUUUAUAGUAAUCCUAACUGUAUAAAUAUGCAUUUGUUUGUAAAUCAUCAUUCUGCUGCUCCUGACCCCAUAAACGAUUUUUCAUCUACGGUUCGUGUCCUGAUAUAUUGGAGAUUGGGAACAGUAUUGGGGUCGAACCGGGAUAUCUGAAGCUAGUCAAUCGGUAGAAUUUAGAGUAGCCAACUCACGAUUCACAAUAAAUUUGGCGACGGAGAUUUAGCAACAAGUUGGUGAUUAACUAUGGAUCCAGCCAAAUUAGAAAAAUUGUUCGAACAGCAGCUGAAGUUGAUGGAGAUGAUUACUCAGACGCAUAUAUCUUCUCGAGUCCCAACUGCACCGACAAUUCCUGAAUCAGUUGAUGGUAUUACCAGUGGUAUUUCAGAAUUUCUUUAUGAUCCUGAUGCCAACAUUACAUUUGAUACCUGGUUCAGACGUUACGAAGACCUUUUCAAAGUUGACUUUGUUGACAGAGAUGAUUCGUGGAAGGUGCGUCUUCUUCUCCGUAAACUUGGUCCAUCCGAGCUGGCUAAGUAUUGCAACUUCAUUCUACCGCAGAACCCACGCGACCGUUCAUUCGACGCCACUAUUCAGUCCCUUAGCCAACUUUUUGGUGAUCAUCACUCACUCUUCAGUACCCGAUAUCGCUGCUUAAAACUGGUCAUGAAUGAAUCUGAUGACUUCCUGACCCACGUCGGCGUUGUUAACCGUGAGUGCGAACGGUUCAAGCUGGAGGGAAGCGGAAAAGAGGAAGGCCAAAGAACACAUUACGUCGGGAAAUAGAAGCAGAUGUGAAAAAGAUGAAUAACAACUGGAAGGAGCUGGUAAGGAUUGCCCAGGACGGGGUUGGAUGGCGAAUGCUGGUGAGCGGCUUAUGUUCCUUCACCAGGAGUAACAGGCGUAAGUAAUAGCACCUCCACUUAGAACUGGCUUUCCCAUCUAAGUGAUCUCAAGUCGAUGACUGGCUGAAGUUUCAAAUGUUUCCAUCAGAUAUGAAAUCUGAACCAGCUUUCCUAAAAUCACACGGUGCAUUUUCAGUGGCCGCCAUCAACGUUUAUGCAGUGACCCAGAACUUUCAACAGAUAGGUUUAGCUACGUCCGUGGAAAGUAAUGACACUGACGUUAGCUAUAUAUACGAGACCCUUACUUAAAACUUUAAUGAAGUACCACAAAUUUGUUCGUUAUCUUUCGAUUUGAAAACUUGUUUCAUGUCCAUUCAUCCAGUGAAUAUGUGGCAUCUUCACCCAAUUCGGCUGGCAUAUGUGGCAUCAAUCUAUAGGACUCUCAUUAACAGUCAUUUAUUCGCCAUCAGAUUAGGAAGUCCCAUUAAUGUGAGAAAUUGGAUUGGGGAACGAUGUCUUUUCAAAACCCUCCCAUAUGCCCUGAAAGAUUAUAGUCUGAGUGGAAUCGAGGAUGAGUUCUACUAACAACCAAAUUAUCUUGUUAAGAAAUCUUAUUCAACAAACCUUGUAGUGUUGGCCGAAUGUGUGGGUUUGUGUACAGAGUUGUUGGGGUGGCCAAUUGGGAUUAGUCGGUCAAACGUCCGAUAGCGGUGACCGCCUUGUGGAAGCAUGUGCAUAUCACAACUUGUUCCUGUUUAGCACCAAAUUCCUGCAGUUUUCACAAAUAUGCUACCUAGCGCCUUCUCUCUGCAACUGAACCUACACCAAGACUGGUCUCUUUGAAACCAGAUACCCCUGGACUAGUUGUGUACAAAAAUAAUGCUUCUUUUAGGGCAACUAUCUAGACCUUGAUCAUCUUAGGUUUUAGUGGCUAUAAAUUCGUCUUAAACAGGUAGGUAUAAAUCCCCUGAAACUUUCGUCACAACCAAAUACCACAUUGAGUUAGGUUCAAGGAUAACUAUCAACCCACCGAAAAGUUUAGAUGAAUACUAGCUGCAUUUGUAUAACGUCGUGGAAAUGUUGAGUAACAUCGCUUACAAGCGCUGAGUUUCUAUAAGAUGUUUUCAACUCCAUGAGGUACGUCGGUCUAUUCCAUCCAACUUUGAGCUUGAUGACAAAUGCAGAUUCUUGCUUAAGGAAAUCGUGCUAAGUUCGCAUAGUGACGUAGAAGUCUGGUGGUUGGAGCGUUCUGACGAAUUCAAAGUUGCUUCCUUUAACUGAUGUAAGCUGUUUCAACUCAUCUGUGUCAUUGGUAGCAAGAAGAUUAGCGAUUGAAACAAUCUACAGAGCUGAUGAGACGCCAUUAGAUAACAUCAAACUAUCUCCUGGAAGGUGAAUAGAGUUCUCCGAAGGUAUUUCAGUUGAGUGACGACCCAUUCAACGAGGCGGAGGUACACGGGGAAUGUUAACGCUAGGAGCCCAAGUCACUAGGAUCAGAGGACAUACUACCGGACUGUUCAGGAACGGUGGCGAACUUCUGGUAAGGGAGCUGAAUGGGUUGUUUAGACAGUUUUGAGUAGUGUUUUAUCACUGUUAAACGAAGCGACUAUGAUACCUACAUUUGAAAAGAACCUAUAUCAUCUAUUCGACAACUAUGGAUGGAAAAGUCCACUCCUGGGUGAAUAUAAACUAUAGGGUCCCGUCAUAACUCGCGAGGAACAGGAUGGUUUUCGUUCAGGUUGUGAAUGCGUUGAUCAUAUUCUCACCUUUUACCGAAUGUUAGAGGACCACCGUACCUAUUGCAAGCCAACAGUAUUCAUAAUUCUUGACCUCAGGGCCCCUUUCGAUUAGUUGGAUAGGACUGUUCUCGUCUAGUGAAGUGUCCUAGAAGUUCGUUAACACCUUGAAGGCUCUGCAUCUAAGUACCUAAAGAAGAAUGGAGGUACACAACCACCUCUUCCCAUCGUCCCACUUGAGCAAUAAGGAUAGGCAGAACUGAUCACUUUCACCAUUCCUGUUCAACGCUGCCAUGACAUUCUGGAAAAAGCUCUGGUAGUAUGUUGUGGUAGUGUGGGCCUGUUACCUAUACGAAGACACUGAUCUUGAGCAUGGGGAUGAUAAUGUCUCGCUAUGCAAUGAUAUUGAAGUUAUCCAAAUCGUACUUAAGUAUUUGGCAAUCAGUUUCCAUAGGUAUGACAUGUACUUUGGAACUUCUAGAUAAAAAGCACUUCAACAAGGCUGGUAGGAGCGUGUGUACACUGACUCUUGAUGGUGAGCAGUUAGAAGUCGAAAACUAUUGUAUUUGGGUAGUUUUGUGUGCUGAUGGUAGCGUAACUGAUUAAGUUAAUUUGCGUAUAGUAAAAGUUAGAGUGGCCUAUGCCAUUUCAGAGUCAUUAUGAUGUUAGUCCGGCUGUAAAAGACCAGGUCUACGACGCGUUUGUGAGAGCAGUUUUGGUUCAAGCUCUUAAAACCCGGCCUCCCCAAGUUGAUUGUUUGGCAACUUUCUGUUUAAUGACUGUUGUCUCCAAAGGAGUGCAGAUAACUAGUGAGAAUACCACUGGUAAUCUUGGAGUCCAGUCGUUUGUAUUAGGGCUAAGUGGCAAUAAUUCAGUUGGUCCCCACCAUGAAAUACAGGCCUCGCUGGCUUUGGCACGUGCUAAGAAUUUUUUCACAGCGAGAUCUACAUUUUGGUUUCUUUGCCGACUCUGAACCUACACAGAAAUAGAUAAGUGUUGAAUAUAUGACAUGGAGGAGCGGUAUGAAAGAAGCCAACUGCUGGUUUAUCACGAUUCCUAUGUUCGGAUCUUAGAGGUAGUAUAGCCAUUGACUUAAAAAGUUAUCAGGCAUGGCUCGCAACAAAAGUCAAUGACGGGCGUUCUGUAGUUUCAUUUUAAAUUCCUGGUAAAAGCCAAGGGAACUUCUUUAACUGAAAAAAGUGCUUUUUAUUUGUAUUUUUCGAACUAACUAGUCUCCCCUAUUAUAAUUUGUUUUUUUCAUUUAUUUAUUCGACAAUGCUUCCUCGCCUCUCCCCAUCUCCCAAAAACUCAUUUUCUUAUUUGUGUGGAGCAUAUUUAUUUUGUUACCUACUUGUAUCAGUAGUUAAGUCAAUAUAAAAACAGAGUUCUCGUGUAUCAACGUAAUUUCCAACAUGGUUGUAAGUUAAUAAUAAUACAGUUAAAGUCGAUAAGAACUUUAUGACCGCCGUUCAAAUUAGGUUCUAUAUAUGAAUUAUUCACCGUCGAAAUUUAUCAUCAUAGUGUAUUGUAAGAGAAUACAUUUUCUACCUGGAAUUCAAAUUUACACAUUAUUAAGGCACGCCGUUUGUAAAAUAAUUUUAUGUUAUGUAAGCUAUAUAACUUUGUCAGAGAGAAAUCAUUGUCGCGCUUAUAUAACUACUCUUCCACAAUGAACCUUAGAAUUAUUUCAGAGAUACUACUAGACAUCUAUUUUACCAAUUUUCAGGCCUUUUCUCUUAUUUCUUUAUUAAGGUUUGCUGAAAAUGAUUUUCGGAAAUAUUUUAAGUCAUUGAAUUAAUUACAACUUUGUGGAUCUGAUGAUAUUUCUGAAACUUAUUUAAAAGAAUUCCUAGGUUAUCACACCUACAUUGUCAAGGCAAACAACCAAAAUAAUAUAUAUUUUCAGAAAUUAAUUAUGCAGUUACUAAAGGACACUGGGUGAGAACAAAGAUGGGAAACCUGAUAUUCAAGUAAAUAAGGAAAAAAUAAACGGUCUAAACACGUCUG